CGACUUUUUGUCUCGCUUUAUUUCAGGCCCAGUGUAUAACUUUUUUUUUUUCUUGCACACACAAACAUGUCAAUUGACGUUCAAACCUGUACUGACAUUCUUCCACCUUUUCAAUUGGUAAAAGGCAUUGAUCUCGGUUAUAACAAUGAUUAUUUAUUUGAUGUCACUGCCAAUAGUCAAUAUGCGCUCACUUCGGCUUCUGACAAUUGCGUGCGUCUCUAUGAUCUCGCCACUUUACAACUAGCACACACCAUGCCAGCCCAUACUAGUAAAAUCUCUAAAAUGAAGUUGAAAAACGACCAAUACCUGUUUACAGCAAGUGAAGAUGCUACUUUAAAACGUUGGGAUCUUCGUGUACCAGGUACUACUGGUCCUUCACAAACAUUCAAGUAUACAAAGCCUUUGACUGCCUUUGAUAUCAACUGCAAUGAUACAAUGGCUAUUGUCGGUACCGAAUUCUCAUCUUCAAAUUUUUCUGCUGAUAUUGGCUUUUAUGAUACAAGAAACACCAAGUUAAUGCAUACAUUUACUGAUUCGCAUGGAGAUGAUAUUACAGAGAUUCAAUGUCAUGCUAGUAUGCCUGCACAAUUCUUGUCCUGCUCUACCGACGGUAUGAUCAACAAUUACGAUGUGACUGAAUUUGACGAGGAAGAAGCCAUGGUGUCCGCCAUCAAUUCGGGCUCCUCUGUCAACAAGACAGGCUACUUUGGCCCUAACGCGGAAUAUAUUUACUGUCUGACACAUAUCGAAUCAUUCUCACUGCAUACACUCGAAGGCGAUUUGAUUUGCGAUUAUGGCGAUAUUAGAAACAUUGGUUUGACGCCUGUCAAAUAUGCUAUCGACUGUAGUUAUGAUCCUGCUACUCAACGUUUCUAUUUAAUCACCGGCAGUAACACCGGAAGCGUUGAUUUCUUUCAUGUGAAUGUGGGUCAACUUCAACAUUGUCAACAAUUGAAUAUCCAAGGUGGUCAUUCUGAUGUUGUUCGCUCUCUAUAUUGGAAUCAUGCUACACAAAGUAUUCUGACUGGUGGUGAAGAUGGAAGAUUAUGCGCCUGGCAGGGACAAACUCAUUAAAUAUAACAAUGUUAUUAAUGGGAGGGUUAAAAAGAAUAGAAAUAUAUUUUAUAUAAAUUGUAUUAAAUGAAGAAAAAAAAAAGAAAAAAAAAAGUAUGCGAAAAUAAGGUACUGAGGGAAGAGGGGAAAAUAC